AAAAUCGAGGAUACCAUACCAACCUAUUAUCUGUUACCUUAUCUGAGUAAGGACAGUAUUUUGCAACUCUCACUGUGUCUGAAGCCUAAUUCAGAUUUUGAAUGACAAAGUGAGAUUUCAGGGAGAGGUCUAAAACGGUCAAAAAUAAAAUCCAUUCAUUCAUUAAGUCCCAGUUCUAUGUUCCUUUUUCUUUUUUGGAUUUGGUGAGCUGUUCUAUGAUGUUGUUUAUGUUCUCCCCCUCUCUUAAUAACAUUUAUUUAUCACUAAAAUGACCAAUGCUUUCUUUCACUCCCUCUGUAGUUUUUAGGUCUAAGAGUGACGCUGGCUGGCUGACUUGGGCAGCUGACCUACUGCUCAGCAGAGUCAGCACACCUAAUUAAUACCAAGUCACUGUGUUUUCUCCCACGCUAGUAUCAAUGCAAGGUUGAAAAAUACAUAUGGUUUACGUUUAUCUUUACAGUCUGCUGUUAGGCCUUUUUCUACACCUGCUGAUGAUAUUUGACUUGUCAUUUUUAUUAUAAUGUCUCGGAGCAGGCCACUAUUUUAUUUUAUAUUUCGAUUUAGUAAAAAAAUGGAACUUUGUAUACAAAUACAACACUUCAAUUCCAAAUUAGCUACUGUCACAGAGUAGCAGUGUUCAUUAUGCUAUUACAUCAUUGAUCACCCAAUUGGAAAAAGACAUAAGAUUGAGGCAUGCAAUCCAGAUUUUGUAAGUUUACUUAGCAAACUAACCAGAACAGCUCAAACUUCAAUAACACAGUAUUUUUUUUCGCAGUUGAGCAUAACAUGCUUUCUGAGUUGACUCCAAAUCUUCCUACCACAUUGUUUUUUUUUCUUCAUACUACAACAAAUGUUUGUAUUUGCCAUGAUUUACUAUCAUUCAUUGAAGGUGAUCAUCUGGAGGUACAUUGAAGCAAUGAAGGCUCACCCAAAUUCUUAAAUGCAAUCUUCUCUGUUGUAUUUCCAAAUGGAUGGCUCAGAUUAGAGGAUGGUACAUUAACCCCAGUGUUUCUCACACCCCCUACGAGCUGUUAAAAAGUUUGACCAAAGUACUUCAUUAAUACCAUUAACUAACUCAUUAAAUUCCUUUGUACUGCUGGGUUUAUCAGCCAAUAGUAUUGAUGCUUUCUCUUAACCAUCUUUAUGUAAAAAGGCUCUCUGCCUCGGGAUUUCUAUAUCCUCAUAUGGGAAUUAAACUAUCAGAAGAAACUUUUUUAUUAUUAUAUGAAACAAAAAAAGCUCUGCAGUCUAGGCACCAAAGAUUUAUUCUGAUUCAGAGAUUGAUAGGGUGUAGCAGGUUUCUCACAGACCCCCCAAAAAGAGUGCUAUUGAUCUUCAACCAAAACAUCACCUCACAUAAACAGAUUGGCUCAAGAGCGUAAGCAGAUUGGUCACAAGAGUGUUGUCAAAUGAAACGAGGAAGAUUUAUUUUGAUAAGAAAUCAGAAUCACUUGCUUGACAAGUAAAAUCUCUCUAAUCAGUUGACGUUGGCUCAAGGUAAAACUAGAUAAAUCUGAGGUUCCUUCCCGCUGGCCUCUUCUUGGGAAAAGGAUUAUUUUUCUUUUUCUUUUCUUGCAUCAUCAUUCCAGCUCCAUACAGAUGAAGGGAAGGUUUUGCUUUUUCGUAAUAGCUCUGCAAGUAGUGUACUGGGUUGCUGCAACUAGCAGAGCUUUUCCACCGAGUGAUGGUCUUACUAUUGGUGCUCAUCUAUCAGGUCCAGGCCAGAGCCUUCAGUCUAUGAAACCAACAUCAAAAGAGGGUUUCAAGAACCGAAAGGAGGAGGCAGGUACGAAUGAAUCAGCAAAAUACAAAGGGAUGGGAAAAAUAGGAUCAAGUCCACCAAGCUGCGAGCACAAGUGUUAUGGAUGCGUUCCUUGUGAGGCUAUACAAGUGCCAACCAACAGCAGACACAGCCACAUAGGGAUCCAAUAUGCAAAUUAUGAACCAGAGGAUUGGAAAUGCAAAUGCGGACUAUCAUUCUAUAGCCCAUAAUGGACAAAUUAAUACCCUUGUAAUAAGACCAAAACUAUUAUCUAUGAUUCCAUCAUUGUCUCAUCAACAAUCUCAUCUGUACAAAAAUUAUUAAAGUCCUUUUAAUUAGAUCUUUAGUGUCUCUCUUGACCCUUAUGGCUAGCUCUUGCUUGGCACAAAAGUGUAGAUUUCCCAUGUAAAAAGGCCUCUGGAAUUUGGAUUUGUUUUUUCAUUUUCAUGUCACAUUUUUCUGUGUGCAACUAUUUAAUUAUUGAUGCGGUUUGAAUACUAUACUU